GAGCGUCGGGGACAGGCGAUUGCGCUUGCGUCAACGGUGCGCGCCGCGGGAACCUUGACAAGCAACAUGGCUGCGGGUUGUUCAGAGGCGCCGCGGCAAAAGGCGGCUUCUGAUGGGUCUCUGGUAGGGCAGGCUGGCGUCCUACCUUGCCUAGAGUUGCCGACUUAUGCCACUGCUUGUGAGCUGGUGAACAAUCGCUACUCAUGCCUGGUGGCCGGGCCGCACCGAAGGCACAUCGCUCUGUCGCCCCGCUACCUUAAUAGGAAACGCACUGGCAUUCGAGAGCAGCUGGAUGCGGAGCUCCUGCGCUAUUCUGAGAGCCUUUUAGGUGUCCCUAUUGCAUAUGAUAACAUCAAAGUUGUGGGAGAACUGGGAGAUAUUUAUGAUGAUCAAGGACACAUUCAUCUUAACAUCGAAGCCGAUUUUGUUAUUUUUUCCCCUGAACCAGGGCAAAAGCUUAUGGGUAUAGUUAAUAAAGUGUCUUCUAGCCACAUUGGCUGUUUAGUACAUGGCUGUUUCAAUGCCUCCAUUCCUAAACCUGAGCAGUUGUCAGCUGAGCAGUGGCAAACCAUGGAGAUAAACAUGGGUGAUGAACUGGAAUUUGAAGUAUUUCGUUUAGACUCAGAUACUGCUGGAGUAUUCUGCAUUCGGGGAAAACUAAAUAUCACAAGUUUACAAUUCAAGCACUCUGAAGUUUCUGAAGAAGUUACAGAAAAUGGCACUGAGGAAGCUGCUGAAAAACCUAUUAAGAAGAAAAAGAAAAAGAAGAAAGACCCAGAGACAUAUGAAGUGGACAGUGGUACCACCAAGCUAGCAGAUUUUGCAGAUGACACUCCAGUGGAAGAGUCAGCCCUGCAGAAUACCAAUAAUGUGAAUGACCUCAGGGAGGAGGAGCCAAAGAAAAAGAAGAAGAAGAAGAAGAAAAAGCACCAGGAAGAUCCGAACCAGGACCCUAGUUUCCAAGGCAGUGACUCCAGUGGUUACCAAAGUGACCAUAAAAAGAAAAAAAAGAAAAGAAAACACAGUGAAGAGGCUGAAUUUACCCCACCUUUGAAAUGCUCACCAAAAAAAAAAAAGGAAAAGUAAUUUUCUUUAGAGUAUUUUAAAUAUGAUUCAGUUUCUAAACGACAGAUAUACGUGACAAUUGAAUAAAUGUUUUGAGUGAUAUGAAAUGCUUAAGCAUACCAGUAGUUUACAAAAGAGAAAAUAAGUUGGAGACAGCUCGAUGUGCUUAAAAUGAUAAAACUGACUGUACAUUGAUUUGGGGAAAGCCAGUAUUGUUAGUGCCAUUGUAUACAAAAUAAAAAGCUGCUCUUACUGUCAACUCUCAUAUUCUUCCAGGUUUUGCACUCUACAUUGAAUUAUUUCUACAGUAUCUACAGUCUCAAGACCAGCAAGAAGAGUGUGUAAUACUAUAUUAUAUUACUAAAGAAUGAGUUAGAGUUUUUAUUUAAUUGUGUCUAUGUGUUUAAUAGGUUUCACCUUAUUACAUGCUGUUUUAUAUUGCUUUUUUUAAAACUCAGGACAUUAACUAGUUUUAGGUUUUCCUUUACCAUUGCUUCUACAGUAUUUCUAUUGUUUAACAUAAAAUGGUUUGCCAAAGAAGUUUCUGAAGUCUUCACAGCUCUUAAAAGCCAUGCCAGUACUGACUGCCUGGUGGUGUAUGCUGUUCAUUAUUCUUUUCUUCCAGGUGCAUGUGUAUUCUUGUUUUCUUUUUUAAAUCUGAGAGGUUGAUGGAAAGGACUGUCUUCUUGUACUUGUUCAUUUGUGCCUCAGCCAUUCUAAUUUUGUUGUGUGUUGGAGUAGACUCUAAUGAAGACAGGAUAAAUGUGAUUCUGACUAGUGGGAAAUUUCAGAUUACUUUGUGUGUGUGUGUGUGUGUGUGUGUGUGUGUGUGUGUACUUUAAGUUCUGAGAUACUUGUACAGAACGUGCAGGUUUGUUCCAUAGGCGUAUGUGCCAUAGAGGUUUGCUGCAGCCAUCAGCCCAUCAUCUACAUUAGAUAUUUCUCCUAAUGCGAUCCCUCCCCUAUCACCCCUGACAGGCCCCAGUGCAUGAUGUUUCCCCUCCCUGUGUCCAUGUGUUCUCAUUGUUCAACUCCCACUUAUGAGUGAGAAUAUAUGGUAUUUGGUUUUCUGUUCUUGUGUUAGUUUGCUGAACAUGGUGCUUUCUAGCUUAAUCCAUGUCCCUGCAAAGGACUUGAACUCAUCCCUUUUUAUGGCUGCAUAGUAUUCCAUGGUGUAUAUGUGCCACAUUUUAUUUAUCCAGUCUAUCAUUGAUGGGCAUUUGAGUUGGUUCCAAGUCUUUGCUAUUGUUAACAGUGCUGCAGUAAACAUAUGUCUGUAUGUGUCUUUUUAGCAGAAUGAUUUAUAAUUUUUUUGGUAUAUACCCAGUAAUGGGAUUGCUGGGUCAAAUGGUAUUUCUAUUUCUAGAUCCUUGAGGAAUCACCACAUUGUCUUCCACAAUGGUUGAACGAAUUUACACUCUCACCAACAUGGUUCUUAUUUUUCCACAUCCUCUCCAGCAUCUUGUUUCCUGACUUUUUAAUGAUCGCUAUUCUAACUGGCAUGAAAUGAUAUCUUAUUGUGGUUUUGAUUUACAUUUCUCUAACAACCAGUGAUGAGCUUUUUUUGAUGUUUGUUGGCUGCAUAAAUAUCUUCAUUUGAUAAGUGUCUUUUCAUAUCCUUUGCCUACUUUUUAAUGGGGUUGUUUUUUCUUGUAAAUUUGUUUAAGUUUGUUAUCGAUUCUGGAUAUUAGCCCUUUGUCAAAUGGAUAGAUUGCAAAAGUUUUCUCCAUUUGUAGGUUGCCUGUUCAUUCUGAUGAUAGUUUCUUUUGCUGUGGAGAAGCUGUUUAGUUUAAUUAGGUCCCAUUUGUUGGCUGUAAUAUAUUGUGCUGAAGAGAAAACAGUUGUUUUGUUCACUGCUUUCAUUGAGAAAACAUGGAAUGUCUCUUGACUAACUGACAAAGAGUAAUGAAAUGACAAGCUGGUUGAAGCUGAUAAUCAAUGCAUGGCCAUAUUUAUUCAUUUUCCACACACUUGACCAUCUACUUUGUACAACACAUUCUUACACUGCCCAGGGAUAUAAUGGUAAACAAGUUAGAUGUAUGUCAUGUACACACAUCUUGUGUGGCAUGUCACAAGAGAACAGUUGUGCAUGUACACACAAUAAGUAAGAAAAUUAAUAAUUAUGUUAAGUGAUAUGAAAAAAAAGGGGAAGAUUGUCCACUCACUGUUACCUGUGUAUUUGCAAAUAGAUGAAUGGUUCAACUCCCAUGUCAGCAUUUGUGUUGCUAUUUAUUUAGUACCAGACAUAGUGCUGGUCUCACAGUUUAAUAUUUGGUAAUGAAUAAAUUCUGCUAGUAGCAUAUCGGAAUCUGAAUUUAUAAUGAUAGGGUAUAGAAUUGGCAGAGUGGCAGAUGUUCACAGUUGUCUGCAAGUAGGUGUGCUAGACAAUGGAAGGAUGCAGGCCAAUUACAGUUGAGAUUCAUGUGAGUAUUGAGCCCUAGAAAUGUAGCUCAUCCAAAUUGAGAUGUGCUGCCGGUAUAAAAUGCAUACCAGAUUUUGAAGAUAUACGAAGAAGUGUAAACUAUCUCAGUUUUUAUAUUGGCAAGAUCAAUAUUAUUUUGUAUAGUGGGUUUAAUAAAACAAGUUUAGCCUUCCUCAGUUUAUUUUUCUACAAAAAGUUUAAAAAUUGUACAUAAAGCUUAUAUUAACUUUCUUUUGGUCAGUGCUAUCUUGAAGUAUGAGUUGAAAAAAGGUUGAAAUAAGUUAUAUCAUAUUACCAGGAUUUACUAUAGUGGCAUACCCAAAACAUGUUUAAUAAAUAUUCCCUUCACAUUUUAAAAUUUGAGUAGACUGUCAUGUUUGACAAUAUAGAAAUUUAAUUUUUAGUGAAACAAUUCUAAACUCCUUUGCCAUAAACAUCAAGAAAGAUGUCCAAUUCAUACUAUUCCUGGAGAAGUACAUUGUGGCUUAGCAAAAUAAGCAAGUUCACACAUUACUUUUGCUUCAAAAAAUACUUCUGCCAAGUUUUGCAGCAUGCUGAACUUGAAACUAGAUUUGUUCCUGCCUUUUCACAAAGUGAGUAGUUUUGGAGUGAAAAGUGAGAUCUGGCCAUUUGUCUUUCCUAGGAAUAUAGUUACUUUGUUGUUUUUUUGUUUGCUUUUCUGACCCAAAAAGACUGACGAUGGUGUCUACCAUAUAUUCUUCAAAACAUGUCAGAUGCUGCACUAACCUAGGCUUUAUCUUUUCUAUCUUGGAAUUUGCUUAUAUAAACCCUCUAGCCUAGCCUAGAUCCUUACCUUCUCUCCAAUUCCUAUCAUUCACCUAUUUCACUGUGUAAGACACCUCACUAGUCACCAGUGAUACAGAGAUGACUUAAGCAGUUUCUGCUCUUAAGGCCUUACCGUUUUGUCUAUAAGAUACACAACUAAGUGUAAAUGAUAAGUACAAGUGACAAUGAAUGUUUAAUGCUUUAUGCUUAGUGGUAGUUGUUGGAUUAGCAGCAUUUUGACCCUUGGAGAAGGAAAACUGGCUGUGUCAUUCCAGGUGGAGAACCUGACAGAGAACUAAGAAGUUAUCUAAUGUAAAAGACCUCAUGCACCACCUUGUACAUAACCUUUUUCCAGACGAGGCUAAGUGUGCAUACUUCAUAACCAUAAUUCUUAUUUUUCUUUAAUAAAUAUUUUUCUACUUGUAACACUCUGCGUUAUUGCAAAUUGUUUACCUAUUUGUAAAGCUUGUCUCUUGAUCAAAUUUGUCUUGACCAAAUACAUUUCCUGAGGGCUGGAAUUAUGCCUUAAUUAUAACUAAGUAACACUGAAUCCUUUGUAUAAUGAAAGCAUCAAUAGAUACUUUUGAAUUGAUAAAUAAAAAGCAUAGUUUCAAAUGGCA